AUAGACUGAAAUUUUCAAACCGAGAAAAAAAACACUAAUUUAGGUUAUUGUAUAAUAAAAUUAAAAUGUCAUAUUUUCAGAAGAUUCUAAAACAUUUUGCGACUGAAAGAGGUCGAUCAACAGCCUUAUAUUGUGUAUCAACAGUUGGUAUCGGCAUUUUUUGUGCUCGAUGGGUACCACAUUCUGUUGGAUUGGAUUACUAUCAAAAAUUUGUAGCUUGUUAUAAGCAUGGCGUACAACAAAAUUUAUCAGACAAAGUGAAAUCACGAUUCGAAAAGGCACUUGAUAUGGUGAAAGACAUGGACGACAUGGAAAGAUCUCGUUACAAAAUGUUUUGUGUGUUUGGAAUGGAGCCAUUUCAUGCUGGAUCAUACUAUUCUAUCUUUGGUUCCAUUAUUGGUAUUCCAGCCAAUUUUGAAUAUGAAAAACCGAGUGAUAUUCCUAAAGAAGAAAUUAUGAUAAAAAAAGACGGCAGACCAACACUAGCAAAAUUAGAUGAUGAAACCGGCAAACAACUAGAUGAUACUAUGAUACUUACAGAAGAUGAACAAAUAUUUGCAAUAUUAAAAGAAAUUUUAGCGUGUCGUACUUUUCAGUGGCCUCUGAAUUGUUUAUAUCCCAUUAUUGGGGUAGUUUCAUCGUACGCAAUGGCAUUCGCGCUAAACAAUAGACUCCAUCUACGCCAAAGACCGUUGUCUCUACGGCUAGUAAUGUACACUCUUGUGGGCCUUUUUAAUCUUGGCAAUUACUUUUUUGCGGUAGAUUGGACCCAAAUGUACUAUGACACAGUUAUUGACAAAGAAAUCGCGUCUAUGGGCAAAGAAAUGGUGGAAGCUGGUAAAAGUUAUUAUGACAAAGUCCUCAAGAGAAAUAUUGUUAUUCGAAAUUUUACUGGGAAUUAUUCCGUGUAUUCGGCAACAGGAAAUGUGAAUAUGUUUUUGAGACAAAAAUGCAUGCCGUUUACUGCAAGACGAGAUUUCUUCAACGAGCAGCUAAAAACCUUACAAGAAGAUGCAAAGUUAUAAAACGAAAAAAUAUAAAAUAAAAAUUAUCUUUAGAUAGUAAAAAUUGUAAGACAUUUUUUUGUUUUUU